AUGAGGACACAGGAGGGGCUCACCGGCACCGACCUUCUCGCCGCGUUCAUCAUGCGCCGGGUCCUUCCGCUUCAGGGGCGCUCCUGCCUCAUCGGCGAAAUGGUCGGCCUUCAAGACCCCAAAUGCAUGGGGUCGACGCGGCUGUCCGCAGAGCAGGUCGCGCGUGGCGUGAAUGACAUCUCCAAGGCCAACCUUGGGGAGGACUGGCGGUUCGGCAAGGCGACGUACAGCCAGUCGAACCCGGCGCCGCAGGUGAGCAUCUGGUCUUCUCACUUUGCUGCCGCGCACCUUCUCGUCCGUCCUGACGCGACGCGGGGGGUACUUCUGAACGCGAUUCGGCAUCCUUAUGCCCGGGCCCCGUUGCAGGUGGAGCCGGUGGCGCCAGAGGAGCCCGCGGCUCAUGGCGGGGAGGAGGUUGCCAAGUCCGACGCCGGCACUGGCGUCGCGCGGUGGCGUUGGGCGGGGGAGGCGGCGAUGCGGGCGGAGCCGAGUCCUCGCAUGGGGCGGCGCCGAGCCGCCCGCAUGGGAAAGACAGCGUCGCGACCCCAGGCCCUGAAGCGCAUGGUGGACCCGGCCGGGGCCAGGAGGCCGGCCAAGAGGAAGCGCGGCGGCGGGCACGGGAGGCCAACCCCGGUCCCUGUAUUGGCAGGGUCGCCAAUCGCACUAGCGAGGGCGGCGGCGGAAGCCGCGACUGCCGAAGGGGCCGCGUUCCGCAGGAGCCGGUCCGACCUUGCCGACCAGGCCGAGGAGGAGGGACGGGCCGACUCGGACCUCGGCCUGGAUCCGAACGACGCCGAAGCCUUGGCCUGGCGGGACAGGAACCGGGCCGAGGCGGAGCUGGAGGCGCCGUCGGUCCGUGCGUGGACCGACGCGGCGGAGGCAUGGGCGCGACCCGGCACGGAGCCGGUCUGGCGCGAGAUGCCGGAGGGCACGGUGGUGGCAGCGACGGUCUUUGAGCCGUCGUCGGUGAGGGAGCACGACCGUGGAGGCCGGGCUGAGGUGGUGAUCCCCGACCGGGGGGUCAUGGAGGUGGAGGAUGACAGCCCGCCGCGGGCAGACGUGGUCGAGCGAGCGGGGAGUGAUGGUGGUGGAGGCGGCGUCGCUUUGGAAGAGACGCUGCGGGCGGCGGUGUCGGAGGCGCCGCCGACCCAGGAGGAGGCGGCGCUGGACGCCGUCAGUCGCCGCCUACGAGGCCCGUCGGAACGGCUCGAGGCCUUCGCCAAGGCCAAGGUGGAGCGGACGCGCGACCUGGAGCGCGCCGUUCUGCAUCUCGACGCCUUCCGGGUCGCCGCCUACAAUCGUCUCCUGGGGAAGCACCGGGAGCUCGUGGAGCGGCUUGCCGCCAAGGAGGAGGAGCUCCGCGUUGCCGCAGCCGAGGUGCUGUCCUGGCGGACUCGUCUGCUCCGGGCCGGUCAGCACUACGACCGGCUCAUUGCCGUCACCGGCCGUCUUGGCGUUAAGGCGGCGCAGGCGAGGGCGGAGGCGGCUGCGGCUCGGCGGUCUCUCGACGAGGCCAACCGGCUGCAUGAGCAGCUAGCGGGUCACAAGAGCCACCUCGAGGCCGAGGUGGACCUCCUUAAGGCGGAAGCCACCAAGGUGGCAGAGGCGCAGCAGGCCCUGGUCACCACGACUGAGGGGGCCCGUGAGGACGAGGCCCGUCGCCGCGAGGCGGCCGAGAAGGCGGCCGAAGAAAAGGACGCCGAGCUGAAGGCGGCCCUUGCCAAGGCGGCAUAUCUGGAGAAGGCGCUCGAGGAGCGCGACCGCGCCAUUCAGCGGGAGCGGCGUGGGGCCUUCCCAGAGAUGCAGCGGCUGGCGGAGGAAGCCGUCCGCUAUUAG